AUGGAAGAUCAAUUCCAGGGGAUACGCCUCGGCUUCGAGGAGACAAGUGCGGAGGCAGCCAGACUGGCGGAGAGCUGCGAGGCGGCCAUUGUUGUCGUGGGCCGCGACAGAGAGUGGGAGACUGAAGGUCAGGAUAUCCUCUCCUUUGAUUUACCUGGUGAGCAAGUGCGUCUGAUACGUGCUGUUGCUGCGGUAUGCCCCCGGACCAUCGUCCUUGUGCAGGCGGGGACUCCGGUAAACAUGGAGCCGUGGAUGCACGAGGUGUCCGCUAUCUUGUACACCUGGUAUCAAGGCCAGGAACUAGGCAACGCAGCUGCUGCGGUUCUGCUUGGCCGUCCCCUCUUCCCACUCGGCUUCGGUCUCUCCUAUAAUUCUUUCACGGUCUCGCCGGGCUCAAUCAAUACACAUGAGCUCAUCAAGGAUCUGUCAACCCCGUUGACUAUUACAGCUCAUGUAACCAACACAGGCGGGAGUAAGAUCCCUGGGCAGGAGACGGUUGUUGCAUGGUUUUCGCAGUCCGAUUCAACACGCCUGCAGCGCCCGAAGAAGCAGAUCUGCGGUUUUGCGAAGUCGCGCCCACUUCUUCCUAGUGAAACUAACGAUGUGGAGAUUGUAAUUGAUUUUUAUGCCUUUGGUAUGUUUGAGACAAAGAGAAAUAUCUGGAUUAUUGAUGCCAAUGCCGAAUUUGAGAUUCUGUUGGGGACAACGGCGGCGAAUGCGGUGCCUGUUUGGAAAGUUAGGGUGCCUCGCGAGAUUACUUGGAUCAAAUAG